AUGUCCAGCAACCUCCGCCUCCUCAUUGAAGAUGGAAAGUUUCGCGAUGACCACGGCAGACAGGUGAUUCUCCGCGGGAUCAAUGUCGCUGGUGAGGCCAAGUAUCCCAGUCAGCCCAACCAACCCUCACAUGUGGCUGGCGAUUUUUUCGAUGGCGACAAUGUCAGCUUCGUCGGCCGGCCAUUUCCUAAAGACGAUGCACAACUCCAUUUUUCGCGGCUAAAGCGAUGCGGAUACAACACAAUUCGCUAUGUCUUCACCUGGGAAGCCAUUGAGGCUGCUGGGCCAAGCAUCUACGACGAACGUUGGAUUGAUGAAACGAUUGAGGUGUUGAAGGCAGCCAAAAGCUACGGGUUCUACGUAUUUAUGGAUCCCCACCAGGAUGUGUGGUCCAGAUUCUCGGGAGGCUCCGGCGCUCCGAUGUGGACGCUGUAUGCGGCCGGCCUCAACCCCCAGAGCUUCGCGGCGACCGAAGCUGCGAUUGUCCACAAUACCUACCCCGAACCCGACAAGUUUCCAAAGAUGAUUUGGUCGACCAACUACUACCGCCUCGCGGCCGCGACCAUGUUCACCAUGUUUUUCGCCGGCAAGGACUUUGCCCCAAAAUGCAUCAUUGACGGGGAGAACAUCCAGGACUACUUGCAGGGGCAUUUCCUUCGCGCGUGCGGUCAUCUUGCCAAGCGUAUCCAUGAGGCUGGCGGAAUCGAAAACGACGUGGUAUUUGGGUGGGAAAGCUUGAACGAACCGAACAAGGGCAUGGUUGGCUAUGAGGACAUCAGUGUCAUACCGAAAGAGCAGGCUCUGAAGAAAGGAACCUGCCCUACUAUAUGGCAAACCAUCCUAACCGGAUCCGGGCGGGCGGUAGAGGUUGAGACCUGGGAUAUGGGCGGGUUGGGCCCCUACAAGGUAGGACGGACGUUAGUCGACCCCCACGGUGAGGUGGCGUGGCUGCCGGAAGGAUAUGAUGAGUCGCGAUACGGCUACAAAAGAGACCCUGGGUGGAAGCUUGGAGAGUGCAUUUGGGCGCAACACGGUGUGUGGGAUCCCUCCACCGAUACACUGUUGAAGAAGGACUACUUCUCCAAGCACCCAACAACCGGGGCCACCGUUGACUACCCCUAUUUUACGAACAAGUACUUCAUGGAGCACUCCCGCAAGUACCGCGACACGGUCCGUUCGUAUCACCCCGAUGCCAUUCUCUUGCUUCAAGGGCCCACAAUGGAGCUCCCACCACUCAUCAAGGGUACUCCCGACGGCGACGAUCCCCGGCUCGUGUAUUCACCACACUGGUACGACGGCAUCACACUCAUGACCAAAAAAUGGAACCGAAACUGGAACGUCGACGUGAUCGGUGUGCUUCGCGGGCGGUACUGGCACCCAGCAUUGGCUAUCAAGCUGGGCGAAUCAGCCAUCCGGAACUGCUUCCGGGACCAACACGCGGCUAUGCGUCAAGAAGGGCUGGACCGUAUCGGGAACCACCCGUGCGUGAUGACGGAAUUCGGGAUACCUUACGAUAUGGAUGACAAACAUGCCUACAAGACCGGCGACUACUCGAGUCAAUCGGCUGCUAUGGACGCCAAUCACUUUGGAGUAGAAGCCGGUGGCUUGGAGGGUUAUACGUUGUGGCUGUAUAUGGCCUCGAACGACCACGAAAAGGGGGAUCAAUGGAACGGCGAGGACCUUUCAAUCGUCUCGAUUGACGACAAGCUGUUACCACCGUCUGCCCUUCCCAAGACGCCAGACCUAGAGGAUUCCACGGCCAACCCGCGUAGUGCGAGCUCGCGAAAAGAACUAGACGACGACGAGAGCGUCACGCCCGCUAACCUAAAACGCACUCUCACCAACCCAUCCAUCUCUUCCCAAGCCACGUCACACCAGCCCGAGCUCACCGCAUCCCCGGGGUACCGUGCGGCCGAAGCCUACGUCCGGCCAGCCCCGAUCACCACUGCCGGCGUGAUCACGAACUAUGGGUUCGAUCUUCGACAAUGUCUUUUUACUCUGGCCAUAAACGCUUCGACCUCGGCGGAUACUGACUCGGAUACACCGACCGUAGUAUUCUUACCCGAGUACCACUUCCCAAAAGAUGCCUGCUCAGUGGAGGUCAGCUCGGGGAAGUGGGAAAUCAGCAGCGAUGAGGAGGAGUCGGUGCUCCUGCAGCGAUUGCGGUGGUGGCAUGGGCCUGGCGAGCAGACGUUGAGGGUGUCAGGGGUGGUCAAGAAGCAUAAUAUUGCUCUUGGGACCGGGGAAGGCGGGGAUGAGAGCGGUUACUAUGAGCAGUGCAAUCAGGGGGCGUGGGGUAACUGUGCAGUCAUGUAA